AUGUCUAGUUCAAAAGUAGGACAGCAGCAUUUGAAAAUUAGCGGUACUGAAUUAGUAACUAAUGACAUUGUUCAGAAUUAUGAAGAAGAAUCUCAACAAUCGCAAGUUAUUCGAGUCAGCAUUCGAGUUACUUUUCUUCGCAUUGGUGAAAUCGAUACAUUGAAUGAAAGAUAUCAAGCACAAGCAGCCAUCGACUCUCGAUGGUUGGUCAAUUACGAUAGUCUGACAUGUGAGCUAUCACGAGAUGAUCAACAGCGUUUAGACAAAGGUAAAUCAGUAUCUCUUGUCAAAUAUGCCGAAUCUCAUUGGCAUCCUCAAUUAUUUAUCGAAAAUACACUUGGAGAUGUCAACGAACAAAUUACUUACAGUGCCAAGAAAUCAGUCAACCAACUCGUCUAUGUUUGCGAACAUCGUGAGAUUAAGGCGCUAUUCUGGGAGAAACUAGAAUUAUAUCAUUUUCCAUCUGAUGUUCAAGAAUUGUCGAUUUCCGUUGGUUCAAUGUUUUAUGAUGAUAAAGUUAUUUUGAUGGCUGAUCCUUUGCGUUCGAGUGGCAUUAAUCGUGAAACAUUUGUUGAUCAACAAGAAUGGUUUUUGUACGAGCAUGUAAACACUGAGCAACGUUUUGUGAAAGAAUUUUUCUUAGACAAUGAUGACGAUGAAGAUGAAGAACAAUCCAAAGGACAAGAUGAACGAAAACGAUCGUUUUUAGUAGUCUCGUGUCAUGCAGGUAACAUGAACUAUCGAUAG